AAAAAAAAAUCAUUAUUAUUUCUUUCAUUUUAGGUUGGAGAUAUCAUUAAAGUGACAAAGACCAACAUAAAUGGACAAUGGGAAGGCGAGCUGUGGGGCAGAGUAGGUCAUUUUCCAUUCACUCACGUCGAAUUCAUCGACUCUGACAAUCCUGAAGAAUCCACUGAAUGCUAGCUUCCAUUACCAAUCUCACUGCGAGAGUCCAUUUAGCUUUAAUAAUACUCCGUCGCAUUUAUAUUAACAAAUGAUUUGAACAUCAGUUGAGCAGUUCAGUAGUAAUUACAGUCAAUAACAGAUUUUUUAAAACAUUUAUUAAUUAAUGUAAAUAUGUUAAAUAUUUAUUUAUAUAUGUAAAAGUAUUACAUAUACACUUGCAACAAAAGAUACAAUCAAUUAUCAAGUAUACAGAUUUUUAUUUAACCACAAUAUGUGAAUUUUACAAAUAAUACCACACUCAUUACAUUUCCAUUUUUAAAAAUGUUUAAUUAACAGGAAUAAUGGAAUGAUUUUUAAUUAUAAUUUUGUAAAAAUUGAAAAAGCUUGGAACUAAAAAUCUCUUAAUAUUUUUUAAUGCAAUAAAUGGAAAAGCAUAAAAAUGCAUUAAGCUAUAAUUCAUUUGUAAUAAUGUAUGUUGAAUACAGUUAAUUGUGCCAAAAUGCUCAAUAAGCUUUAUUGUUUUUAUGCUUUAACAUUAUAAUUUAUUGCAUUGUCUUGUCAUUUGUGUGUUUAGCAAUUUAAAUUGCAUCAAUUCUAAAAAAAUUUUUCUUCAAAAUUUUCCUGUGAGAAACAAAUUAGUAACAGAUUUCUCCACUUAUGCUUAAUUUCCAAUUUUAACUUUUUCAUGUUUGUUUUAAUAACUAAAAUUGAUAAAACAGCAGAUAUAUUAAUUUUUUUUUCCUUCUAAAUUUCCCCCUCUCAAUUGAAAUCAAAUUUUGCAUUUUUAUUUAUGUUAAUGUUAGGAAAACAAAAACAUUGAUCAAAAUUCUCUUAAACUGACAAUGUCAUUUAUACUAAAGAUUCAUCACUUCAAAAUAAUUUGUGUUGUGGAUGGUGUGAAAGUUGAAUGAAUGCAAUAUGCAGUAAAGAUUCCAAGCUUGUAUAAUCUCAGUUGUAUGUUGCAUAAGAAUGGAUGACUUUAAUCAAACAGUAUGUAAAAAUAUACAUAAGAGUACAGAAAAUAUGUAAAGACUGUGCCCUUCAGUAUUCAAGAUAUUUGUUUUUGGCCAUACAUUUUAUAUGGCUUAUUUUGGUUAACUCUUUAUUAAUGCACACAUUUACCAAAUAAAACUUUUAACAUUUGCUUGCAUCAGUCUCCAAAUUAGUAUGAUUAUCCACACUUAUUUCACUUUCACUUGUCAUUUCAGAACUUUCUGAGCAUUUAUUUAAGUUCAUCUCAUUCGGUAUCAUUGCAUUUGGUUACUUCCGUAGUCACAAAAAUUGAAAUUAAUAUAUUUUCAGCUGUUAAUCUCUUUGAUAUAUUGUAAUUAUAGUAAGAAACAAUUGGCACAUCAAUUGGUCUUUAAUAAAAGAUAUUAAAUAAUAUACAUUUUUGAUUAAGUUGAGUGUUUAAUUUCUGUUAGGAAGGUUAAAUCAAAAUUAGUUGCAACUUUCUGUGCAUAUAAUUAUAGUUACUGUCAAAGUAAAAUGUAUUUUCAAUUUUGCAAAAAUUGAUGUAGUUGCUGUUUUAUCAGUUUCAUAUGGUUUUAUAAUUGAAAAAAAAUUAAUUUAUACUCAUGAAAAAGCAUUCUGACAUCCUUUAUUACUCAGGAACUGAAACAAUGAUUUUAUCUUCACACAAUUUUUAUCACAAGUCAAAAAUGUAGUUUAAGAUGACUGAAUUAUUCAGUUGAAAAUUUUAUAAUUUCAGAAAUUAUAUUAAAUUUUCAAAGAUAUUUUACACUAUCAUUGGUAUCCAUUUAUGUUGUUAUUUUUGCUUCUUUCAAAGCAGUGACUGUUUGAAAACAGACUGCUUGCAGUUAGAAUUACAGUAAAUAAGGUAGAUAUCAACCAUGGAGUAAAAAUAGUUUUGUAUAUCUCUCAUAUUUAAUAAAGCUACAGAUUUUAUACAAUUAUUUGCCAUUUUAUGCAAUUAUAAUUAUAUAAAUUGGCAAAUAUUAGAAAAUGCAGUUGAGUGAGACAUAUUUUAAAGUAGAAAUACACCAAAACAUAUCUUGCUUGUGUUAUGCAAAUGUGUUGGAGUGCUUCUUCAAAGAGAUUCUUCAUCCUCUUUCACUUCAAUGUUUUUUAUUUUAUUUUUAAGAUCUUUGAUUUCUCAUUCCAUCUCAUUUGUAUUUUUUAUUUAUAGAUCUGUACGAAAUUACUCGAUGUUUAGUUGUUCCUCUAAACUGCAAUUAUUAAAUUUCACAUAAUUCCAUUCACUCUAUAAUAACCAAUUUUCCAUACUUGACUUUUUUUAAUUAAUUAUGCACUAUUAAUUUUAUUAUUUUUCCCAAUGCACAAGGAGGGAAACAUCACACGGUUGUAUUGUAUAUUUGUGGUUUCUGUGAUAUCAUAAUUUUUGUUGUGACGUUUUAGUAAGCGCAGAACUUAAAUCCUUGUCUUGUCUGAAUGUUGCUUUUUUAAAAACCUUACUACAACUCGUAGGUGCCAAAAUCAUUGAGAACAUUCUCGGACGCUAGUCCAUAAAGAUGCCAAAUUAUUUGGAGAUUCCAAACUCCCUCUCUUGUGGAACGGUUUGUGGAUCUCUAGAAAAAAUUCCUCUUCUAGAAACUUUUAAUUCAAGAAUAUCUAAGACAACAACGUAAUACCAUAUAUCUUUGCAUAUAUAUAUACAGUAUAUACAUGUAUAACUAUCUAAAACUUACAAUAUACUUAAAUAAUUUUUACCUUCUAGUCAGAAUUUAGUUUAUUUUUAAUUAUAUUUAAAAAAGAAAAAUUUGUUAAAUUAAAAUUAUUUACAAGAGUUUUUUUUUAAUUUUAGAGAGAACUAUAACAAAUUUUAGCCCAUUUUAUUGUAAGUUAAAAUUUGUUUUUCUCUUGUAUGUCAAUUUAUGCUUUAAUAAAAAUGCAGUGAGAUAAUUAUUGAAGUUUCCUGUGAUUAAUAAAAGAUGAUUAUGCAAAUUUUAGCAAUUAUUACCUCCGAAAAGCCAUAUUUAAGGAUGCCUUUUCCACAUUUCUCUUCCAUUUCUAAGUUAUAACAACCUCUGACACAAAACUAGAAAAAAAAAUCGAAAGAAAGUAGAGGAAACUGUGAAGAAGUAGAGGGGGAACUUCAUAAUUCAAUUUUCCGGAUUCCAUUCUUCCAAUUCUUUCUCAUAAAUGGCAUCCCUCAGGCCAACUCCUCCAGUAAAACAAUCUUUUAAUGACAGCAAUUUGGCCAAUUUGAUGGCCAGAUUGACAUUGGCGAGGAAGAAAAAGAUUUCUAGAGUGGAGGGGAAUAGAAUGCACCUCCUCCUUCCUGUAUAUGUCUGCGUAGUUCGGGAGAGUAUUCGUAAAUGGGGGAUUCGUGGCCCCCAUGAGACGCAGAGAAACUUUUUUUUUCUCCCCCUUCCUAUUUUCUAGUAACGCGUCACGUGAUCGAAGGAAGAGACGGAAGAGGGUGAUGUGACGGCAGAUCGUGGUGUGAAGUCGAUCCGGUUGCGCCCGAAAACAGUUGACAGAAGGAGAGCCGAUGGAGGUGGAACGACUUAUCGACUCUUUCUUGCCAAACGGGAGAUGCACCUGAAAAUGUUUUCUUACGUCAUAGGAUUGGUGGCCUCGCUGAUGACGUCCGUAGCAGGAAGCGGAUGCAGCAAACCUCUGGGAAUGAUGAAUGGUGCUGUGGAAGACUGGCAAAUCAGCUCUAGUUCGGCCCUCUCCCCUCUCCAGGAUCCUGGCUGCGGUGCCAGGCAUGCCCGGCUCCUGCGGACCGGUGGCUUUGCCUGGUGUCCAGGCCACCCGGAGGCUUAUGAGUGGCUGCAGGUGGAUUUUGGUGUACCUGCCAAGGUGACUGGAAUACUGACACAAGGUAGAGGAGACGGUCGCCAGUGGGUGACAUUGUAUCUGGUAUCUCAUAGUAUGGAUGCCUAUCAUUGGAAAUAUUGUAGUGAUAUUUAUGGAAAAAGAAAGUUGUUUAAAGGAAACAUAGAUUCUCAUUCCAUAAAACAUUCCUAUCUGCAAUUUCCAAUCACUGCUCGUUUUCUCCGUAUUCAUGUGAUGGAAUGGCAUAAGUAUCCCAGCAUGCGGAUGGAAAUUAUUGGCUGUCAAGAAUGCAAUGAGAUAAUAAGUCUUCCUCCAAGAGCAAAAAUGUCCGCUUCUAGCUCGCGACCUUGGAAGAAACAAAGAACUUGCACUCCGGAUGAUGCGUACAUUUAUGGCAGAGGAAGCUGGUGUGCCAGGCAUAAUGACGUUCACCAGUGGUUGCAGGUUGAUCUUGGUCCGCCGACCAUGGUCACGGGAAUCGUUACGAAAGGGAGGGCGGACAGCAGAAGAAAACAGUGGGUAACUUCUUAUACGUUAUCUUAUAGCAACAACAGUGUAGUAUGGUACCUGUACAAAGAAGAUAGUUCUAACAAUCCACAGAUAACGGAAUUGGGCGGUAACAUGGAUAAAGACACGGAGAGACGCCAUUAUUUAAACAGGCCCUUCGUGGCACGAUACAUCAGGAUCCAUCCGACUCGCUGGAAGGGACGACUGAGCAUGAGAGUCGGCAUCAUUGGCUGUCUACAUACGGGAGCCUGUCCACCAGGAUUUAUGAGAUUGAAUGAGGAUACUGAAUGCGUGGAAAAUCUGGCUUACAAGAGAGAGACGUGGGUGAACGACAAGAGACACGCAUGGCACGGAUGGAAGUACGGGCACUCGUCUCUGGCCGUGGACGGAGACGCGGACGCCACCCUGCAGAAGUGUGCCAUUUUGGACAACUACUACGUCGACCAUCCCGCGUGGAUGGUGGAUCUAGGAGAGAAGAGGAGGAUUCGCGGUCUGGUGGUCACGACCUGGCAGGGAAAAGGCCAAGAUCGAGCCAAUCUGUACGGAGACUACCUUCGUAAUCUGGACAAAUUAACGGCCUACGUGGAAAACAAAGCAAAAUUGGAAAACGUGUCCAACGGAGGCAAGUGUUCCUCCGUUUCCCGUCUGAACAGCGCGCUGUUUCGUCGCAGGCUUCACUUCGAAUGUUCCGACGACACCUGGGGGCGCUACGUCUACAUAAAAGCCAGCGGAAUAGCCAACGGGUGGUCCAGAUUGUUUUUAUUUGUUCUGUGCGAAGUCACCAUCUACUGAAAUGGGAAGAAUCGCGGAACUCGCGCCAAAGCCAACGUUUUCGGUAGAAAAAGAAUUCCGAGUCCGGUCGACUAAAUUAAAUUAGAUUCCAAAGCAUAAAAUAUUUUAACGUUAGUUAACCGGAGAAGAAAUCGGCAAAUUGUUGUUUCGUGUGAACAUUAGGCUCUAAACGGGUUUCUGAGUACUAAAAAUUUUUGAGGGGGUUUUUACUGGGCAAAAGAGCAUACAGUACUUUGGCAUGUUUUAAAGACGCGCGUGCCACGUGUCACAUUCCACACGAGGGGACGUUCACGUUAACAAACUUUUUAAAUUUCGUCUUUUAAACCGGUCGCCAUUCCAUUUAUCGGUUAGCAACACGAUCCAUCCUCGUGGAUGGCCCUCGCGCGAAUACUUUUUUAAAACGUAAUUGCGUUGGAACUUAUCCGUGU